AUGGGUAUCCUCGAUCUUGCCGACGAGCUGCUGCGCAUCAUCCUCGAAUAUGUCGCCUCGGAGCCAGAGAAGCCCAUCAGCCUCGAGCGCCGCGCCUACCUCUCGCAGGAGAGCUUCAAGCUGCCUCUGCCGCCAGACUAUGACCAGGCCCAAACCAUCGCCGCCUUCCGGCUGACGUGCAGAAAGUUCUCCGACCUCGGCGUCAUCCAUCAGUUCGCACGUGUCACCACACGCUUCUCCAAGAGAGGCCUGGACCGCCUCGAGAAGAUUGCCGGCCAGCCGCACAUUGCCAGACGCGUCAAGAAGUUCAGCUACAUGGUGCCCUUCUUCUACGACCAAGGACGGGAGCGAAUGCAGGAGUUGCUGCGCACACAGCCGGAAGCAUUUGCCCUUCUCGAUGUUCGCCACUUUCAGCAGAGGGCGAACGAGCAGAGAGAGAUUGUGCGGACGGGCCAAGACGCCCGCAUCCUCCACAUAGCCCUGCGCCACUUCACCUCACUCCAGCACAUCCAAAUCCUGCGGGUACAGGACCGGGAAGAGGGAGAGCUGAUCAACUACAUGCGGAGCCAUGAACUCAACGACCUAGUUCCAAGAUGGCCGCCCGCAUGCCUGCACAGCGCCAAAACGAUAGGCCAGGCGCUCCUUCACUCUGGAUCGCCAUGCUCACGAAUCUCGUCGCCCAUGCUCAGCCCCCAAAGCGUCUCGGGCGCCGCUGAGAACCCGCCUACGACACUGAGCAUCCUCGCGGGCCGUUUGACUUGCUUGGAGCUGCACUUUGAUGAUAGCAUAGACCUCGACGUGCGAAUGCGGAACCUCUCCUCUCUGUCCAAGGCCCUUUUCACUGCAGCCAAGAACAUUGAAGCACUGCAUAUUGGCUUUCCGUCGUAUAGACCGCUCACUCUUCGCUUGGAGGAGCUUUUUCACCAUGUCAAGUGGGAUAAGUUACAGGCUUUUGGAAUACAGGCGUGGCGGCUAGAUGCCGAAGAAAUCGUUGGUUUCACACACAGACACCGCGAGACAUUGCGGGGGCUACGACUUCGAGACGUACUAUUAAGAGAAGGCAGCAGGUGGAAAGACGUCCUCCCCUGCCUACGGGACGAUCUCACAAGACUUGAUUGGGUCAGCUUAAGGCGAAUCGACUACGAAAAACAUUUCGAUGAGCAGUGGGUGUUGGGCGCCGAGGUGCCAGACGACCCGCUUGUGGGAAGUGACAGCAGCGACGAGAGCGACGACUGGGAAUACGAGGGGGAGCAAGACGACCCAUCUGAUGCUCACAGCGGCAGUGGCAACGACCCUGACGGCAGUUCGAUAGCGGGCACCGAUUCGGACGCCGAAACCGACGAUCCGGAACCAGAGCAAGGCGGAACUCUGCACUUCCCACCCAUGCCCGACACCCCAGCCUCGAUUACCUGGUGCAAUUGCAACGGCCAUAUGGAUAGCGUAGACGCGUUAGGAGACGAUGGUGUCAUGGUCACGAAUCAGCAGCGCAAGUUCUGGGAGAAGUGGGUCGUCAGGAAGAUCUGCACCGAGCAGCACGGUCAUAAAUAA